GGUUUCUCAUUCACGAAUCGAGGUUAAGCAAGCUUUGAUUCUUUAUGCAAGUUUCGUCCUCUGCCUCACUCGAUCUCUCUUCGUAGACAUGAAUUUGUUGGUUUUGAAAAGCGGGAACGAUGUUCAAAGGCCAAUUCCACCUAAGAAUAGAGAGCAUCUAUCUCAGAGCAAGAUUCGAGAGCUCCUCACAGUGACUAUAGGGGUUAGUAAUCUCAGAGAAUCCGUGAAACUACCUUUGGGUGAAGACAUUAACGAGUGGCUGGCCUGGAACAUUGUGGAUUUCUACAAACAAGUAAGACUUUUGUGUGCUACUCUUGAAGAGUUAUGUACACCCACCACUUGCCCAGUUAUGAAGGCUGGAAGAUAUGAGUAUCCAUCGGUAGAUGCAAUUACUGGAAAAAGGCAUACAAUGGGUUCAGCCCCUGAGUACAUCGAGUCUGUCAUUGAUUGGAUUGGAACUCAGAUCGAUAACGAAACCCUCUUUCCGAAAAACUUUGGAGAACCGUUCCCUCCUAACUUUGAGGAUAUCGUGAAGUGCAUUUCGAGGAAGUUGUUUCGCGUGUAUGCACAUAUCUAUCAUAAUCACUUUCUGACGAUUGUGGAUGCCAAGGGAGAAGCUCAUCUCAACACUUGCUUCCAGCAUUUUGUUCUCUUCAUAUCUGAGUACAAGUUGAUGGUUGAGGAAAAUGAGUUGGCUCCUCUUAAGGAACUCGUGGAAAUUAUUUUGGAACCAUAGAAAACUCUUCAUUGUUUUUAAGGCCCGGGAAAAUGGACUUUCACAUGUUUAAUAUAAUAACAUCCUUAAGAAGUUUAUGAUCUUUGGCUUUUACAAAAUGUGAUGAUGUAAUGAAAUUAUGCAAACAGUAAAUGAUCUUGUGAGGUUUCAAUUAAUAAAGGAUCAUUUUGGCUA